GAAGUCAAGCUAUUCAAAUGGGUUUUGUUGCAAGAGCAUCCACCAUUUCCAGAGCUUUUGGAAACACAAAAAUAGGUGGCUGCCCACAAUCAAGUUUGGGUGAAAAGAGCUCAGAUUUUGGGGACACCCAUUUGAAGUUGUAUUGGGUUCGGCAUAUCAAGCUAAACGAUGGUUGUUGAGCCAUUUCCCUCCUCAUCUGCAAAUACUGAUUGGUACUGAUGGUUGCAUAUGGAUGGAGAUCAUUAAGAUGAAAAACAAUAAAGCAACCUCCUCCAAGGAGAAGAAGGAGGAGGUGCCAACAACACCAUGCCAAGGACCAAAAACACAGCUUCUUCUCUUUUUGGGUCAAUGGUUUUUCCUUGUGUUGCUGCCUUCCUUUGCCUCUGCUGCCUGUGACCAAGUGGAUCACAAAGCUCUGUUGUCCUUGGCUUCUAAGGUAUCUUCAUCACCACCAUUGAAUUGGUCUGCUUCCAUUGACUGUUGCCUUUGGGAAGGAAUAGUUUGCAACCUAGAUGAUCAACGCAUCAUCCGUGCAUCACUUCCUGGGAGAGGCUUAAGUGGUGUCAUAUCUCCGUAUAUCACCAACCUCACCUAUCUCACCCAUCUCAAUCUCUCCCGGAAUUCCCUCUCAGGUCCUCUCCCAGAUGACUUGUUUUCCUCGCUUCAUCGCCUCCGGGUCCUUGACUUAAGCUUCAACCAUCUCGUCGGCCAGUUAUCAUCCUCCUCCAGCCAAACCACUGCACUUCAGACGGUUGACUUGUCCAGCAAUUCAUUCAAUGGCACAAUCCCAUCUUCAUUCAUUGUCUCCGCUGUAUCUGCAGGCACCCUCACCACUUUCAAUGUCAGCUACAACAGCUUUACUGGUCCUAUACCCCUCUCUGUUUUUUGCAGCAAUGGAAACAAUCACACUUCCCUCACCAUUUUGGACUUGUCCUUCAACAAGUUCACUGGCGUAGUUCCCUCCGGACUUGGGGCAUGUUUCAAGCUCCAAGUCUUCCGAACAGGCUUCAAUUACCUCUCAGGAUCUCUCCCGGAUGACAUUUACGACGCUACUAGUCUCCAGGAGCUCUCUCUGCCUUUCAAUCUUCUCUCGGGAGUCAUCAAUAAUAGCAUCACGCGCCUGAAAAAUCUAAAGAUCCUAUGGCUCGCCUCGAACCAAUUCUCUAGACCAAUCCCCAGCCAUAUUGGUGCGCUUUCCAGAUUGGAAAGCUUGCUUCUCUACUCCAACAACCACACAGGUCCCUUACCUCCAUCACUCACAAACUGUAAAAAUCUAUCCAUCUUGAAUUUGAGGUUCAACAACUUAACUGGAGAUCUCUCUGCCUUCAAUUUCUCUACUCUUCAUCAUCUCACCACAUUGGACCUCGGCAACAACAACUUCACGGGUGAGUUACCACAGAGCCUCUACUCUUGCAAAUCACUUACAGCUAUUAGAUUGGCCGGUAAUCAGCUCAGAGGGCAAAUAUUGCCUGAAAUAGUUGCACUAAAAUCCCUGGCUUAUCUCUCCUUCUCUUCGAACAACCUAACAAAUGUUACUGGGGCUCUUAGGAUUCUCAUGGGUUGCAAGAAUCUGACCACUCUGACCCUUGGCAAGAACUUUGGGUUUGAAACUAUACCAGAUUAUGACAACGUAACAGACCCAGAUGGAUUCCACAAUCUUCAGCUUCUUACUCUGGAGGGUUGCCAAUUCAAAGGUCAACUGCCCACCUGGCUAGCCAAUCUAAAAAAUCUUCAAGUCUUGGACCUGGCAUUUAACCUUAUAACUGGUUCUAUUCCCACUUGGUUGGGUAGUCUGCCCAACCUUUUCUACAUGGAUUUGUCCCAUAACCUGCUUACAGGAGGACUUCCAAAUAUGCUCUGUGCGUUGCCAGUUUUGACAUCAAAAGAGGCUGGUGAUCAAGUGGAAAGAGGUUAUCUAGAGUUGCCUAUCUUUGUCAUGUCCAGCAACGCGAAUAAUCAGAAAUACAAGCAGCUCUCCAACCUGCCUCCGACCAUAUAUCUGGGUAGCAACAACCUUAGUGGCAAGAUCCCCAUUGAGAUUGGCCAAUUGAAGUUUAUUCAUGUGUUGGAUCUUAGUCAUAACAACUUCUCUGGCAGCAUUCCGGAUCAGAUUUCUAACCUCACCAACUUAGAGAGAUUGGAUCUCUCCCAUAACCAUCUAUCUGGUGAAAUCCCUGCUUCUCUCAAAGGUCUGCAUUUCCUUUCUUCCUUUAGUGUGGCAUACAAUGAUCUUCAGGGACUUGUACCAACUGGAAGCCAAUUUGAUACUUUUACGACCUCCAGCUUUGAAGGAAAUCCGGGCCUAUGUGGCCCUCCAACUCUGAACCGCUCUUGCCCUCAAAGGCUUCAAAGCCUUCCACCAGUAUAUCCAGCUACGCAGAGAUAUAACAGGAAGAAGCUGCUUGUUGCAGUCAUCUUUGUGAUCUCUUUUGGCAUCAGUUUUGGCAUUGGUUUUAGAAUUGAUGCUAAGAAAAUUCCAUUAGUUGGUAGGUGCAGAAAGUAUGUAUUUAAACCUGAAACAACAGGUUUUGAAAUAAAAACAUUUUGAUCCAAAUGCAUGGAAAUUCAUCAUAUGACAUGAGAAAACAAAAAGCACUUUUACCAUCAAAAAAGAAAAAAAGAAAAGGGGUAUUGAUUUAAAUUUAAUAAACUUUGGUCAGUAGAAGAAAAGGGUGUUAGAGAGGGACUGUGAACCGCGUGAAAAAGUUUCAAUAUAACAAAUAAUAUAUGAGGCAGCUUAUAUUUUUUUUGGGUGAACUAAGGCAGCUUAAU